AUGUCUGUAUCUGGGCGAAGUUUCCCCUUCAGUGCCAGUUUCGGCACAAGCAACAGUUACAGUGAACAAGAGUGCACGCUACAUCCCGGGAAGCCAAUUACCAUGGUAUGUGUAACGUGUCAGGAUGAACUGGUAUGUCCCACUUGCAUCAAGUCCGAUCAUCGGAAACACGAGUUCCUGGAGUUGGACGACGUUGUACAGGAUCGUCAGAAUCUCAUAUUCCAGCACCUUGACGUUUCUGAGAGCUCUCUCCUAAAACUGACCGACAACGUCGCCCAGGUUAAUAAACGUUUAAGGGAUUACAAUGAGCAGGUGGAUGACAUCGUCCGUCAAAUAAAGAGCCGAGGUGAGAUAAUCAAAAACAAUGUGGACCGGGUCACUGAGGAUCACAUUCGAGAAGUAGAGCGAAUCAGGCGAAAAAACGUUGACAAGCUAGCAAAGGUCGUCGACCAGUUGAAAAGACUUGAGACUGAAAUUCUCAAAUACAGCAAAUCUGGCAAAAGCUUACCAUUGUCAAUGAUAGAUACGAGUCCAAUUAGACAGGCUCUAGGCAAGAAUGGAAAUCGGCCACUGGCUAAUGCAUCUAUACUGGAAGUUCCCAAAUUUGUUCCAGGUGACUUCAAUCUAUUGGAGUUUCGCAAUUUGUUUGGCGAACUUCGUAGAGAAGCAAAAAGUGUCAUGGUUGUCACCAAUAACCAGAUGGAACAAGCCUACAGCUUUUUGUCCUCCAAAGACAUCGGCUAUCCAAACCCAGGCGCUGCUCUGGAAUCACCCGUUCGGGUGUCGGAGCACGAGACGGAGGUCACCAACAUCUGCCCCAUCAACAAUACGGAAGCAUGGGUCGUAUUGUGUGAUACUGACGAGGUCAACCUCAUGUCAACCAUCAGCAAAAAACCUGUACAAGUCGUGACAACCAAUGGUGUCGAGGUCAUCGACGUAACAACUUCACCUGACAGAAGACGGACUCUCAUGUGCUGCGCAGAUAGAAGCAUUAGAGAAAUCAAGGGUAUAUACGGAAGGACGAAGGUCAUUUUUUACACGGAGGCAGUGCCCUCUAGUCUGGUUGUCACGCGGGAAAACUUCAUUAUUGUGGCGUUCAAAACUGGAGGACUCAUCAUCAAGUUCGAUUCGAGAGGGAACGUACUUCACAAAGUUCGGGGUUCUUUAGUGGGACGAAUCGACUUUGAUAACACCCCAAAACCAAUGCGAUUAAGACAGAAUCCCCGGAAUGGGGAUUUGGUUUUAUUCAACAGAGGCUCAGGAUACGUGACAGUGAUGGAUAGUGAAAUGCGCAUACGAUUUCACUCAGCCUGUGGUAAAAACCAGGUAACGGGACAGUUCGUGAAAAGAGGAGGGAUCUCGCAUUUCAUGGUGGUCGAUGCAUGCUUUGACUCGCUUGGCAAUAUUUACGUUAUUGAUACACUUCGGUCUGCAAUCUUGGUUCUGGACAAAAGAGGAUCGAUUCUAAGGACUGUGAUGAACAGACAAGAGUACGUGCCGCGCCCCACGGCUAUAGGUGUACAACCAGACGAUCGCGUAUGGCUUGGCUAUGAGGAUGGUACAGUGCAAACUCGGGAGGCCAACACGUUAUAA